AUGGUCCAUGCGUCGGCCGAGCUCCAUGAGCUCUUCGCCCAGGCGGCCAAUGCCGCUCCGUGCGCCAUAGACACACCCUGGAACAUCACCAUAGGAUUCGAUGAAUGCACGACGGGGGGCAAGAAAAAACUUUCGAACCGCGGGAAAACAAUGGUGACGUCGUUCAAUUGCAUGGAGGUUGGCCCCGCUGCGCUGUGCCACGAGAUGACGUGGAUGACGUUCGCGCUGUGCCGUGCGCAUAUCAUCGGGAGCGUUGACAUCGCGCGCGGAGACGCUGCUCAGUUCAGACCGAUGGACAAGGCCAGCGAAUACAUCAGCCUGUACGUGCUCAUGAGGCAUUAUGUGGAGCGAAAUUUGGCGUGCGACGCCCGCAUCAGGUUGCAGCGGGAAUCGUUCGAGGCAGCGUGCGAGGUAGUUGACUUGUGCAUGACUGCCAAGCGAUCGCCGGGCCCUGUGUUCCAGCAUGCGGCCGCAUCAUUGCGCGGUGCUUUGCGGCGCCUUUCCGAUCAAAUGAAGGCUGCGUACGGCAGGGGCAAAGUUCUCUCGAAGCACCAUGCUUGUUUCUACAUCCCCGAUCAGUUUCUCACUGAUCGGUGCGCGGUGGAUCUGUUUGCGGUGGAGAGGUCGAACCUUCGGGUCAAGGAGGUUGCCGACCACGUGGAUAACACCCACACUUGGGAACGGUCUGCGUCGGCGAGCCUGUUUACCAAACAGUUCAACGCACUUCAGGAUGGCAGCUGCCAUUUCUCCAACGGCCUCGUCGGCAAGUGCACCUCGCCUCGGGAAUAUCAAAAUGUCUCGCUGACCAAAGCCGCCCGAUCUGACGGCAAAGAGUUUCACGUGCACGACAUUAUGAUUUCAGCUGGUGUUGUUGGGAGGGUAGCUGCCUGCGCAUUCGACGCAUCGGACUUGCGUUUGGUCGUGCAGGUUAUAGAGCCGAUUGGGCCCAUGAUAAAGUCGAGCAACAGGCAUCGACUGGCACGCCGUCUUGGCGCGGCGUUCGUGGCGGACCCGCGAGAGUGUCGGUUGGCGCCCAUACGGGGCCUUGUACUGCAGUGGCGGAACCACACUCUCGAAGUGAAGCCUGCUAACCUCUUUGGCGCAACCGUACGAAAGAACUGCAUCCCGUUCAGCAAGGAAUACAACUCUGAAGCCCAGUGCGGUCGCCGACGCACAGCAUUCCACAAGAUCGAACUCCCCUUCUGGCGUCAAGAGACCGAGCGGUUCCAAUGGCCCGCUGUGGUUCACCCGCACUUGGAGAUCCCGUUCGCCUUGGAGCUGGUGGAGUGCCUGAGCAUGAUGGUGGUUGCAGGCCUUCGGCUCGUACCCUGGAGCGCUGGGCAUUGGCGCAAUCAGAGCUGGGACAUGGAACACAUCUGGUGGUCGGACUGCGAAUCGCCAAACAUCGAUGCGCCCACUGAUACGGUAGAUGUGUUCGCAGACCUCUACGGCGAUGUAAAGCACCGCUUACUCCCGAUCCUGAGCCCCGAGGGGCCGAUGACCAUGCGCAUCCAGAGGUACGGGCGCUACUGGAUCCCCCCCGAGCACGGCUUCUGGUUCGCCCCCAGAGCCUUUGCGAAUUCGACUGAGCCCAUCGCUUCCGAGCCCGCUGAGCCAGUCAAUAACGAGGGGGCCGCGGCGGGCGGCCCCGAGAAAGAGGCGUGCGCGCGCGCGCCUCUGGCGGCGGCCCGCGCUCGGAAGGGGGCCCUGAAGCCGCACCCGUGUCACGAAGGUGGUGUUUUGGACGCUGACCCUGGGCGGGGCUACCUGGACCACCGCGGGGGGGCAGCGCGGUGCAUGGCGGCGUCGGCCCGGCGGUGCGGGCAGCCCUCGCUGGAGGCGCUGUCCCUGCCCCAGCCCGGCGGCCCAGAGGCCGCCUCCAGCCCCGGCGGGGCGGCGUGGGCCGCCGCGGCGGCGCCCGCCGCAUGGCCCCGGCCGCGGCCGCCGCCCGGCGCGGGCCGGACUCGCGCAAGGACCUCGUUCUUCUUCAAUUUCUUCGGGAGCGGCCGGGAACCGCUGCCCAUCGUCGACGGGUACCCGCCCACGCUGCCCCCGGUCUACAAGACCGUAGGCAAAGCGAACAUGUACGAGCUCAUCGUGGAGCAGAAGCACAGGUUGGAGAACCAGAACCCGGAGCCGCAGCCUGGGAUGAGGGCGAUGUGA